AUGUCGACCGCCGAUAACUUGGAUUCCGUCGAUGUGCUCGAGCUCAACAGGCUUGCCGCCGGCGCUCACAAGAAAAACCCCAGAAUCGUAGCCGCCGGCGUGGGUGGCCGUUUGAUGGGCACAAAGUCGCUCGUGGAUGUCACUGCUGAGCAGAUCACGCAGGACUCCGAGUCCUUCUAUGAGAAAGAUGAGCGGGAACGCUUGAAAUUCUCCAAGCAGAUGCACAUUUCCGACCAGCCAUGGACGCUCAGCAACUGGCAUGAACACAUCAACUGGCUUAACGUCAUUUUGGUGAUGGCGAUCCCCGCGAUGGGAUUGCUUUACGGUAUCAAUCACGCGCCUCAGUGGAAAACUGUGGUGCUUGCUUUUAUCAUGUACGUGUUCUCCGGGCUUUCCAUUACUGCCGGCUACCACCGUCUUUUCGCGCACAAGUCGUACGACGCCCACUGGACCGUGCGGGCUUUCUUUGCCUUUUUUGGUGCUGGUGCUGUGCAAGGCUCCAUCAAAUGGUGGGGACACUCGCACAGAGUACACCACAGAUACACGGACACGAAUAGAGACCCUUAUGACGCCAGACAAGGCUUCUGGUACUCUCACAUGGGCUGGAUGUUGACCAAGGCCAACCCCAAGAACAGAGCCAGGGCCGAUAUCUCGGACUUGACCUCUGACCCUAUCGUCGUGUUCCAGCACCGCCACUACUUGUCUCUCAUGCUUCUCGCGGGUGUCAUUUUCCCUGGCGUCAUUGCCGGUGUCUUUUGGGGCGAUUGGGUUGGAGGUUUCAUGUACGCUGGUAUCAUCAAGUACCUCGUCAUCCAACAGGCCACCUUCUGUGUCAACUCCUUGGCUCACUGGAUCGGUGUGCAGCCUUUCGAUGACCGUAGAACGCCGAGAGAUCACGUGUUGACUGCUUUGGUCACUUUCGGUGAGGGUUACCACAACUUUCACCACGAGUUCCCUUCAGACUACAGAAACGCAUUGAAGUGGUACCAAUACGACCCAACCAAGGUGUGUAUUUGGGCCUUGUCCAAGCUUGGAUUGGCCUGGAACUUAAAGAAUUUCUCCCAAAACGCCAUUGAGCAGGGCUUGUUCCAGCAGCAGCAGAAGAAGUUGAAUAGAAUGAAGGAGAAGUUGAACUGGGGAGCUUCCGUGCAGUCUUUGCCUGUUUGGGACAGAGCCUACUUCAAUGAGAUUGCCAAGAAAGAGGGUCUCAUGAUCAUAUCCGGUAUCGUGCACAACGUCAAGAACUUCAUUAAAGAGCACCCAGGUGGCCAGGCUUUGGUGAGGGCUUCUUUGGGCAAGGACGCAACGAAGGCUUUCAACGGGCAUGUCUACGCGCACUCCAAUGCCGCACACAACUUGUUGGCGACGAUGAGAGUCGCGGUGAUAAAGGACACCGAGGUCAAUGGCGAUACCUUUGACUUGCAAGAGGUGAUGAUGUCGAAAAAGGAAGCCUAG